GUCCACCUUGUUAUUGUCUUUAUUUGAUGAUAAAAAUUCAGGUGCUCUCUUUUCUUCUCUUCUUUCUCAGCAAACCAUACCAAAAGCAAGAAAAACAGAGCGUCUGCCAUUGAUAACUUCGCUUACUCAUUGCCUUUGCCAACUCCUUUGCAAGUAUAAAUCUUCUACAUUGCUUCAUUCUUGGUUAUAUUCUGGCUUGUUCUAAUUUCUUUUGCUCUCUUUUCUUGGGUUGUUCUUGGAUUUUUUAAUAACUUUGUCAUUUCAUUGAUAUUGUUUGAAAGAGAGAUAUAAGCUGGGUUUUUCUUUGAAAGUUUUGAUUUUGAUUUUUUUUUUUUUGGAGAUUGAUGUUGUUAUAGAAAGAUGAGAAAUGAAUUUUCUUGAUUUUUUUCCCUUAUAACAUUGUUUUCAGCUUUAUCCAUGUUAACUCUUAAAAUGCGCAUAUCUUUGCGUAUGUGGAUUACGUGUUAUGUUAAUGUUUUUGUUUUUACAGGCAGAAAAUAGCAAGUGUUUCAAUUUGAUCAACUGGACAGUUAUGGAGCCAGUUGACAUGGAGAUGGACAUUACCCAACAACUCUCUGCUGAUCCUCUCCCAUUUGCCAGAAGUUAUCAGCUUGAAGCAUUAGAGAAAGCUAUUGAGCAAAACACAAUAACAUACUUAGAAACUGGCUCCGGGAAGACACUGAUAGCCAUCAUGCUUCUCCGCAGCUGUGCGUACCUUAUUCGCAAGCCUUCACCUUUUUACGCAGUCUUCCUGGUUCCCCAGGUUGUCCUUGUUAAACAACAAGCUGAUGCCAUGGAAAUGCAUACGGACUUGAAGGUGGGUAAGUAUUGGGGAGAUAUGGGUGUCGACUUUUGGGAUGGUGCGAAAUGGAAGCAAGAAAUUGAGAAAUAUGAGGUUCUUGUGAUGACACCUCAAAUUUUACUUAAUGGAUUGAGGCAUAGCUUUUUCAAGAUAAACAUGAUAAAGGUUCUGAUAAUUGAUGAAUGCCAUCAUGCCAGAGGAAAACACCCCUAUGCUUCUAUUAUGAGAGAAUUUUAUCAUCAUGAAUCAGAAGCUGGUAUAUCUAAUCUUCCUAGGAUAUUUGGGAUGACUGCUUCCCCUAUAAAGUCUAAAGGGCCAAACUCAACUGAUAGCUAUUGGCAGAAGAUCCAUGAACUGGAGACCAUUAUGAGUUCAAAGGUGUAUACAUGCAUUAGUGAAUCUGCGCUUGCUCAGUUUGUUCCAUUUUCAACUCCAAAGUUCAAGUUUUACCAGCACAUGAAAAUACCAAAUGUUUUAUAUGCACACUUGGUAGAGGAAUUGAAUGCUUUGAAAGUAAAGCAUGAAUGUUCAUUGGGCAGUUUGGGUCUUGAAGCUUCUGCAGCAGAAUCUACAAGAAAGAAAAUAUCAAAGAUACAUUCAGCUUUAAUACAUUGUUUAGACGAGCUUGGUGUCUGGUUGGCUUUGAAGGCUGCAGAGUACUUUUCAUGUUAUGAAAGUGACAUUCUUCUGUGGGGGAAAUUGGAUGUGUUUGCUGAGAAAAUUGUAAGGAACUACAGUUUGGAUGCUUUCCAUGCAUUUGAAACAUGCAUACCAUCUGGUCCAGAUUGGACCAUUGCUAAUAAUGUUAAAGCCAGUGUGGAUGCUGGGCUACUUACCACAAAAAUUUUCUGCCUCAUUGAAUCUCUUUUUGAAUACAGGUUAUUGAAGGAUAUAAGGUGCAUAAUUUUUGUGCAAAGGGUUAUUACAGCCAUUGUGCUUCAAUCACUAUUCAGUGAACUGCUUCCAAUGCAUAAUAGCUGGAAGACCAAAUACAUUGCAGGAAAUAACUCUGGAUUGCAGAAACAGACAAGGAAGAAACAAAAUGAAAUUGUAGAAGAAUUCCGCAAAGGCGUGGUUAACAUAAUUGUUGCAACUUCAAUUCUUGAGGAAGGCUUAGAUGUUCAGUCAUGCAACUUGGUUAUCAGAUUUGAUCCUUCUGCAACAGUUUGCAGUUUCAUACAGUCACGAGGUCGUGCAAGAAUGCAGAAUUCAGAUUAUUUGUUAAUGGUGAAUAGCGGGGAUUCUUCUACGCAUUCUCGACUGAAGAACUAUCUUACUAGUGGAGAGAUAAUGAGAAAAGAAUCUUUAUGCCAUGCUCUCUAUCCAUGUUCUCCUCUUAGAAAUGACUUAAAUGAUGAAGAGGUCUAUCGUGUUGCAAGCACUGGGGCAUGUAUGACUCUUAGUUCUAGUGUUGGUUUGAUAUACUUCUAUUGCUCACGUCUCCCUGCAGAUGGGUAUUUUAAACCUACUCCAAGGUGUGUCACAGACAAGGAAAUGGGGAUUUGCACCCUCCAUCUACCCAAGAGUUCCCCUAUACGAACUGUUUGUAUCCAGGGAAAUAUUAAAAACCUAAAGCAAAAGGCAUGCUUUGAAGCGUGCAAGCAACUCCAUGAAAUUGGGGCUUUAACAGAUGACCUUGUUCCUGACAUUGUUGUGGAAGAAACUCAUGCAGAAGAAAUUGGGAGGGAACCCUAUAAUGAUGAUCAACCGAUUUUCUUUCCACCAGAACUAGUGAAUCAGUGUUUGCAGGAGUCCAUGACAAAGUACUACUGCUACUUAAUGGAGUUGAAGCUGAACUUUGAUUAUGAGUUUCCUGUUCAUAACAUCAUGCUUCUUGUGAGGAGUCAGCUUGAAAUGGAUGACAUAAGUGUGGGUAUGGAAUUGGAAGUUGAUAGGGGUAUUUUGACGGUUAACUUGAAAUAUGUUGGAACGAUAUGUCUUAAUUCUGACCAGGUUACCUUGUGUAGAAGGUUUCAGAUUGCUCUUUUCCGAGUUCUUAUGGAUCGUAAAGCAGAAAAUUUGAAAGAGGUGUUAGGUGACCUUAGAUCAGGGAAUAAUUCCCACAUUGAUUAUCUUCUUCUCCCAUCAACUUACUCAGGCCAGAAUCCUGUGAUUGAUUGGUUAUCAGUUUCUUCCAUCUCAUUUUCUUAUGAGAAGGUCUGGAAGGGUCAUGUUAACUGUAAUGGUGCUAUAAUACAGACCAAAAGUGGUAUGUUAUGCACUUGCAUGAUUCAAAAUUCAUUGGUCUGUACUCCUCACAGUGGUCGUGCCUAUAUUAUCAAUGGUUUUUUACAAAAUUUAAAUGCAAAAUCACUUUUGAAGAUGAGAGAUGGACGUGUAAUGACCUACAAGGAGUAUUAUGAACAUCGCCAUGGUAUCCAAUUAUGUUUUAGUCAAGUAUCUUUCCUUGCUGGGCGACAUAUUUUCCCUGUGCACAAUUACCUUCAUAGGUGCAGAAGACAGAAAGAGAAAGAAUCAAGUAAUGCAUGUGUAGAAUUGCCUCCUGAGCUUUGUGUUGUCAUUAUGUCUCCCAUAUCAAUUAGAACAUUUUAUUCUUUCACAUUUGUUCCAUCAAUCAUGCAUCGACUCGAGUCUUUGCUCCUUGCUACCAACUUGAAAAAGAUGCAUAUGGAUCAUUGUGUGCAAAAUGUUACUAUUCCAACCAUAAAGGUUUUGGAGGCAAUCACCACCAAAAAUUGCCAAGAAAAUUUUCAUUUGGAAUCACUGGAGACUCUUGGCGACUCAUUUCUUAAGUAUGCUGUUUGCCAACAGCUAUUUAAAAAAAAUCAAAAUCAUCAUGAGGGCCUUCUUAGUAUUAGGAAGGAAAAAAUUAUUUCAAAUGCAGCUCUUUGCAAGCUAGGAUGCGACAAGAAACUUCCGGGAUUUAUCCGUGAUGAGCCUUUUGAUCCCAAAAGUUGGAUGAUUCCUGGUUAUAAUUCUGGAAGUUAUGCAUUAAAUGAGGAGACACUGUGUAAUACAAGAAAAAUAUAUGUUAGUGGAAGAAGGAAGGUAAAGAGUAAGAAGGUUGCUGAUGUUGUUGAGGCACUGAUCGGUGCAUACCUUAGCACAGGAGGUGAAGCAGCUGGGGUAUUAUUUAUGAAUUGGAUUGGUAUAGAUGUUGAUUUCACAAAUAUACCAUAUGAAAGACAUUUCAAAGUGCAGGCAGAAAGGCUUGUUAAUGUCCAGCAUUUAGAGUCCCUUCUCAACUAUUCAUUCCAGGACCCUUCUCUGUUGGUGGAAGCACUAACCCAUGGUUCUUACAUGCUUGCUGAAAUUCCAGGAUGUUAUCAGCGGCUGGAAUUUCUAGGGGACUCCGUUUUAGAUUAUCUUAUAACUCUGCAUUUAUACAAUAAAUAUCCUGGGAUCUCUCCAGGGUUAUUAACCGAUCUGAGGUCAGCGUCUGUUAACAACAAUUGCUACGCACUCUCAGUUGUCAAGGCUGGAUUGCAUAAGUACAUACUCCAAAGUUCACAGAAGCUUUACAACCAUAUAGCAGAAACUGUUAAAAGUUUUAAGGGAUUAUCCUUGGAACAUACUUUCGGAUGGGAAUCUGAGAAGUCUUUCCCCAAGGUACUUGGGGAUGUGGUGGAGUCGCUUGCUGGGGCCAUAUUUGUUGAUUCAGGAUACAAUAAGGACACUGUAUUCCAGAGUAUAAGGCCAUUGUUGGAGCCGAUGAUUACUCCGGAGACUUUGACGGUUCACCCUGUGAAAGAGUUAAAUGAACUGUGUCAAAAGGAGCAUUUUGAACUAAGAAAACCCAUUGUUUUAAGUGACAAUGGUGUAGCUUCUAUUACAAUAGAGGUUGAAGCAAACGGUAAGGUAUUCAAGCACACAUCAACGGCUUAUGACAAGAAGAUGGCUAAAAAACUGGCUUCCAAACAAGUUUUGAAGUGCCUAAAGGAAGCCAAUUUGAGGUAGAUUUUGCAUUUGGCCUGCCAAGAGUUGAGAUGCUCUUCACUUUAUACAUGCACAUAUAAGACUAUUACUAAAACUGUUGCGACUGAGCAUUUGGUAUAAUGAUAAAUAUUAAAAAAAUCCAAAUUUUGAGUCCCUCUUCCUCAAAAGUUGUACCUGAUAAAAAAAAACCCCAACUUAAUUUUUUUUAAAGCAUUGUGGAAUAUAGAUUUGUUUGUGAUAUUAAUCUUGUAUAAUGUAAAUUCCCAUGAAAUUCUUGUAAAAACAAUUCUUACU